AUGGAUGCCAUCAAGAAGAAGAUGCAGAUGCUCAAGCUCGACAAGGAAAAUGCCUUGGACAGAGCUGAGCAGAACGAGUCAGACAAGAAAGCAGCUGAGGACAGAAGCAAACAGCUUGAGGAUGACCUGGUAGCACUGCAGAAGAAGUUGAAGGGAACUGAGGAUGAGUUGGACAAGUACUCCGAGGCCCUGAAGGAUGCCCAGGAGAAACUGGAACUUGCUGAGAAGAAAGCCACAGAUGCUGAGGGUGAUGUAGCCUCCCUGAACAGACGUAUCCAGCUGGUUGAGGAGGAGUUGGACCGUGCCCAGGAGCGUCUGGCCACAGCUCUGACCAAGCUGGAGGAGGCUGAGAAGGCUGCUGAUGAAAGUGAGAGAGGCAUGAAAGUCAUUGAGAACAGGGCGAUGAAGGAUGAGGAGAAGAUGGAGGUGCAGGAGAUCCAGCUAAAGGAGGCCAAACACAUUGCUGAGGAGGCUGAUCGCAAGUAUGAGGAGGUGGCCCGUAAGCUGGUGAUCAUUGAGAGUGACCUGGAACGUACAGAGGAGCGUGCUGAGCUGUCUGAGAGCAAAUGCUCCGAGCUUGAAGAGGAGCUGAAAACCGUGCAGAACAACCUCAAGUCCCUGGAGGCCCAGGCAGAAAAGUACUCACAGAAGGAGGACAAGUACGAGGAGGAGAUCAAGGUUCUCACAGACAAGCUGAAGGAGGCUGAGACCCGCGCUGAGUUUGCUGAGAGAUCAGUCGCCAAGCUUGAGAAGACCAUUGAUGACCUGGAGGAUGAGCUGUACGCCCAGAAACUGAAGUACAAGGCCAUCAGCGAGGAGCUGGACCACGCCCUCAACGACAUGACUUCC